UGAGAGGAAGGUUUCUCCCCGUACCCUCCAAGAUGAAAUGCACGUGACCAUUUGUGGCGUGCGGCCCGUGUCGUUGCCCUUGUCGGCAUUCCUGCGGCCCCGAAGUCAAACCGGAGACGCGUGGCAUGGCCACUACUUAACCACGUUAUGGAUCAUGACACGUACAUGUAACCGCGAUCGUUUCGAGACGCACGAUAAUCCGCUCCUGCUUUCACGUAUGUAGAGCUGUCUGUGAUCCGCUGAUCCGGCGGCGAGGAUGGCGUGGUACAUAAGUAGACGUGCGGAGGUAUGCACUAUGCGUGCUCCAGCGAAGACUGGGUGUGCUGACGAGGGAGAGAGCCACCGUGACGGUGGCCCGGCUUCACGUCAUAUACAAACAUGUCGGCCGUUUCUGCCAUGCGCACCGGGGUUCUCUACGAGAUCCUCUAGCAUACCGUCCCUCGGUGAACUCAUUCCGGCUGUUGGGGUGUCGUUGGCUACCUCCGCUCCCUGGGUUCUGCCACGCGACUGCCACUGUCACUGGUAGACGGUGACUGCUGUGUCACUGUCGUCGCUGUAGUCCCGAGU